AUGGUCAGUAGCUCUAAUGCGUCUUCAGAUCAAUUGAGCCAGGAAUCUCUAGUGAUAAUCUCUUCAUCAUCACAUGAAGGAUUUUCUUACGGUAAAAGGCACCCAACGGUGGCAUUAAAUGGCAGCUUGAAUAAAAAGCUACGUGUACGCUCCGGCAGUUUGGAGGAGUUAUCAGAUUCGGAAUUUGAUGUUUCUGCCAAAGAGGAGGAAAAGAAAAGUACAGAACUCCAAGAUCCCAAGUCAAUUGACCUGGAAACACAAUUCAGUGACGUUGAAUCAGAUUUAGACUCGCUGAACGAGAGAAACAAGGGUGCUGACAUGCUUGAAUUGACUGAUGAUGAGAGUGUCCAUGAACUGCCGGGCAGUUCACGAGAUUUUUUUGAUGAGAACGACGUAGAAGAAAUGUCAAUGGAACUCAUUAAGAUGUAUAGCAUCGGUUUGAAUGCGGAGGGUGUAUCAGAGUUUAAAAAGAGCUCGGCUUCCCUUGUGUUGCCGAAGAAUACUGAGAAAAGCACAUACUUGAAAUCAAACGCCGUAAGGCAAAAAUUCAUGACUAAAUAUGAUCUUCCGCCAGUAUUGUUUCUUGACCAGCUGGAAUCUCGUACUAGAGAGCAUAUUUCUGUUUGUGAUGCGAUACUGACCGGAAAGGUCUCAUCGUUGUAUUAUUCAAUGGCGAAAACGGUUCAGAAAAACUCAAAACGUCAAGUGAUUACAAACGAAGAACUACGAGAUCUAAAUAUCUUGAAAUUCACCGCUGGGUACUUCGGAUCCAGACGACAGGCUAUCGUUGGAAUGCUUAUCCUCGAGACUUAUGGUGAAAAGUUGAAAAGAAAUAAGAAUCCUGUGAUUUCAUUCUGGGGCCCUUACGACUUUUCACAAUAUAUCUUAGCCCCGGAAGUCUUAAGCUACUUGUGCAUGGAUGACUUCAAAUUAAACAACAUCGAAGAUGCGUGGGAUAUUAUGCAGACAACUAUCGAGUUUGGAACAAUGGUCGCAGACUUGAGUCCUUUAGAAGUUUACGAAAUUGAAUGCGAGGAAGAGUCUUUAAGGAGACUAAGACUACCACAACAAUACUCUUCAAUGAGCUACAGGGAUGAUCCGAGAAGGAAACAAGAUUCGAACGUAGGAUAA